ACAAAAGUUUGCUCCGCGGUUUCACUUAAAGUUUUCAUUUGUGCCCGCUGUAAAGCCGCUUCAUCCCCGGCAUCCCUUUCUGUUUUUUUGAAAACUUGAGGUGUCCCUUCGUGUUACCUGCCCUCAGGAUCUGGUUCAGUCACACUUCAUGCUCCAUUUUGACAUCUAUUAAAGACUUGAUGUCCAUUCAUCACAACUGAAUACACUUCCAGGUUGUCAUACCGACAUGCAGGAGUCCAAGACUGAUCAAACAACCAAUAGCAGUCAAGCUGGGCAGGAAGGUCAGAGCUCAGAGAGUGAGAAGAGAGUAACUAGGGAAACGUCUGCAUCACCGUCACUCACAACCCAUAUUCUGCAAACACAAGUGCCUGUGUCUUUGGGGAUGAUUACUCCUCAGGUGAUCACCCCUCAGCAAAUGCAGCAAAUACUUCAGCAGCAGGUCUUGAGUCCCCAACAGAUCCAACUGUUACUGCAACAACAACAACAGGCCCUCAUGUUACAGCAGCAACAGCUUCAGGAGUUCUAUAAGAAUCAGCAAGAGGAACUCCACCUACAGCUUCUGCAGCAACAGCAUGUUGGAAAAGCCAGUAAAGAGCAGCAGAUGAUGGCCCAGCAGAUGGCCAUCCAACAACAGUUUCUCUCUGUUCAACAGCAGCACUUGCUAAACCUGCAGAGACAGGGCCUUCUGUCUGUCCCGUCGGCACUUACCAACACACUGUCUCAAGGCCUGAUCCCUGCUGAGCUUCAAAAGCUGUGGAAAGAGACUGCAGAUGCACAACAGGAGGAGAAGAGUAGAAGAGACAAAUCCCCUUCUCCCCCCAAAACCCAGAUCAUCAACCAUCACUCCAGCACUAACGGACACCACAUGCCCGGACCUGGCCGGAGAGACAGUUCUCAGGAGAGUCACUCCCAGAGCGCUCAUCCUCUGUACAGCCACGGCGUGUGCAAGUGGCCAGGCUGCGACGCAGUAUUUGGAGACUUCCAGUCAUUCCUCAAGCAUUUGAACAACGAACACGCUCUGGACGACAAGAGCACGGCGCAAUGCAGAGUUCAGAUGCAGGUGGUUCAGCAGCUCGAACUGCAGCUCACCAAAGACAAAGAACGCCUUCAGGCCAUGAUGGCCCACCUCCAUGUCAAAUCUGCUGAGCCCAAACCAGCCCCUCAGCCAGUGAAUCUGGUUUCCAACCUCACUCUUGCCAAGGGAACUGUUCCUAAGACCACUCCCUCUAUGAGUCUUUCACAGAGUGCCACAACGCCGUCCACCCCCCUCACAUCACUGCCCCAGACACCUUCCAUCAUCAUUCCCACCAGCCUGCACAGCAUGGGUCCCAUUCACAAACGCUAUUCCGACAAAUACAACAUGGCCAUGGACCAAGAUAUUGUGCAGAAUAAGGAGUUCUACCUGAGUGCUGAAGUCAGGCCUCCGUUUACUUACGCAGCUUUGAUCAGACAGGCCAUUUUGGAGUCUCCAGAAAAGCAGCUGACACUAAAUGAAAUCUACAACUGGUUCACACGAACAUUUGCAUAUUUCAGACACAAUGCAGCAACGUGGAAGAACGCUGUUCGCCACAACCUCAGUCUCCACAAGUGUUUUGUACGGGUGGAGAAUGUGAAGGGGGCCGUUUGGACCGUGGAUGAGUUGGAGUUUCAGAAGAGGCGACCUCAGAAGAUCACUGGAUCACCUCUGGUGAAGACCAUCCAGACCAGUUUGGGUCAGAGUCCUGCCCUAUCUGCACUGCAGGCAGCGAUGGUGGACAGCAGUCUGCCCCUGUAUGGCUCUGCAUCUAUGGGAGCGUCCAGCCUGAAGGUCCUGGCCAGCACUCUGCAUGAGGGCAUGAGUUCUCAUGAGCAGGACGAAGGCUCCCACAGCGACUCCAGCCUGGAGCUCUCUCCUCUGCCCAUACUGCACCAGUCUCAAAUUAAAGAGGAGCAAAUGGAGGCUGAGGACUAUAAUGGCUCCAUGUCUCCAGAGACUGAAGACCAGCACAGUCCAGAUACCAACCACUGCGCUGAAUACACCGAAGAGCACGACUCGGCCUGUCAGCCGGCUUUCUCCUGAGACCAUCUCCAUCACUCAUUCCACUGCUGAGAUCUGUCCAAUGUACCAACAGUCUCUGAGAACCCUAACUCAUGAAAGUUUAACUAUUCCUCUUGGGGAAAAAAAGUUUAUUUAUUGUUUCAAUGUACCUGUUUGUGUUGUAUGCAAUGGACUGACCUCACUGGUACUAAAGGGCUGCUCUGUGUUGAGGUUUAUACAUUAGAAAAGUUUGCCCAUCAAUUUGCCGAUACAGAGGGUGCUGUAGGCAACACAUGUUUUGUUUGUAUAUUAAACACUACAGCACUUGAAUUGAAUCAACAACUUACCAUUAAGGGAAGAUGGUUUCCCUGUCAGCUGAGAAAAUUUUAUAUCCGUAUGAAUGAACUAUUUUAUUAAGCUGUCUGUGACCAGAUUUGUUUAUUGUAAAUGCAAGUUUGAAUCACCUCAAAUACUGUAGGGUUAGUUGCCAUGUUGGUAACAUGUGGCCUUAAAUUUUGGGCUGCUCUUUGGUAGAAUGGAAACUGAAAUUGUGAAUGUCUAUCUUUUUUACCUCUGAUUUUUCAAGAUAAACACAAAACCAAACCUAAGGGGAACAUUUUAUAACCAGCACUUGAUGAAUGUUUUUUGUUUCAAUUUUAGUAUUGCUUCUGUUUUGAUUUUUCACUAGUGUGUACAGAAAGUUGCUGUAUGUCUAUUAUCCACAACAUUUACACCAAAAUGGCGCAAUAAAUACAAUCAAGCCUCAUUUUCAACAGACCUAACAAACCAUUCAGUUACUAAUGAAGCUAAACCAAACCUUUGUCUUUGUAUUGAAGUAGAGGAAAAUUUUUUCUAGUUUGGUUAUAUAAAAACAACAGUUACCAAAGAUUGUGAAACAUGUUUUUGUGUUGUGUACCCUGUUUACAUUGUCCCUUUUGAUAUGGCAAAGACCAAGAAGUCUUCACGCUACUCGAUUUAGAUAAAAAAAAAUAAAUAGAGAGUGCAUUUAAUGUCCUACUCAUGGAAUUGAGUAAUCUGCAAACUGUAAUUGUACCACAAAGAAAAUAUAUGGAAAGAAUGCAUAAUUGUUGACUGAAUAACUUAUGUAUCACAUGUCCAAACAAAUAGAAGGCAUCUAUUUCAAAUCAACUAUUUCAGUUUGUACCACACUUCUGAAUAAAUGGCC